GUCACAUACGGUAGCUCGUUUUGUUUGUUUUUUACUGUAUUUUUCUCCCCGCUUCACCUCCACUCUCAACCUCAUGUUCGCGCCGACAGCAUUCCCCCGCUCGUCCCCGCGGUGGCGGGAAUCCGUUCAGGGGGACAGCUAAAAAGGCGUGACGUCCUCCAACACUGUUCCCUCAAACGCUGUUCGUCCAGCACAGUACAGCAGUCACCGCGUCUGGAAGGGUUCCCGGCUGUUGCUCUGCUCGACAACUUUUUCGAGAAACAUUCCUGGGGAGGGCUGUGUUUCGGCGUGCGUGCCACUGCAGGUGCGCCCCCUGGCGUUCAGCUGGCUGGCUGCACGCGUGGUGAGCUCUCGUUCGUGACAAAUAUGUCAGCACUUGACAAGACCAAGAAGGCGACCCUCGAUACAUAGCUCGAUAGGAGGCCUUCAGAUAGGCGCCUCUCCUUCCAGUGGCGAAAGGGGGGCAUAGUGCGCAUGCAGGCCACGUGACUAUCUGCCAUGACGUCAUCUUGACUGCCACUCGUCCGUCAAUCGCCCUGCGUCUGCCUGUGUUUGUGGUAGACCACUGGAUAGACCUGAUCGCUACUCGUGAAAGAUGGCACACAUUCAAGAGUUCAAGUACGUCCUCGGUGUGGAAGCACGACCUUGAUGUUGAGCUUCCACCUACAAGCUGUACGUCAAAAAAAUUUAAAGAAAAUAGGCGUGCGGUACGUCGAAGCACAAAAUGGAACCCCGCAACUUGUGUGUCCCGUGCACCAAGACCACCGACGAGAGAUGCCAAUUGCUUCAGCACCGAGAAGCCAUUAACGAAGUGCUUCUUGGCGCGGGACUAGAACUGUGCGAGGACGUCCGACAGGUCGGUGGCGCCCGCCUGGCAGUGAAUCAGCAUUCCGCCUGCAACUACCCACUCUGGGCUGAACCGGACGACCCGGUGAGGAGCUCGGCGUUCAAGCUCGCCAACGAUCUGCUCACUUGUCACUCACGUUGUUUCACUACCUUGGAAAUAUACUCCACGGUUUGCUGCACCCGUCAGGCGCUAGACGCACUCAGCAAGAGUGCCGCCUUGAAAAGCUUGACUGUCUGCUUAGUGGAUGACGACUCUCGCGAGGACCACAAUCAACUUCCCGUUUUCGGGGUCGUCCACUCUCUGCCAUCACUCGAAGAGCUCGUCUUCAAAACCGAGGGCGAUCCGCUCUACUCGACGGUUAAAUUUGGCCAUGGCCAUCUUCUGGGACGCGCUCUCAGAAACCUCACGACGCUUGAUGUGAGGGCUCUGGAAAUGAGCACAUGUAACGCGCUGCAGUUGCUCAGGGCGCUCAUAGCGAACCACACCGUCGCUGAUCUAGCUGUCGGAGGCUGCGUGUACAAAGCGGGCUUCAACGGCACGCCCGGGGAAGUAUUUGCCCGUUACCUGAACACCAGUGCCGCCACCCUGAAGAAGCUCACGCUGAGUGACGGCCCCAUUUGCGAUGACCUCGUUCUCUGGAAGACACUCAUCCCGGCACUCUGUGAAAUGACCACCUUGGAAGAACUGAAUCUGGACUUGUCCAUCGGAUAUGAAAUCUUCACGGAAAUGACCGCUCUCUUGGCCGAAGUGGCUCUUCGCUGCCCUACCCUACGUCUCCUCCAGCUACCUCGGCCAGGACGAACCUACCGUGGCCAGUUCCUGAACGGCUGCCGAUAUUCACGAUAUAAUGUAGCGCAGUGGAUGAAGGCCUGGCUCAAAGCUCUGCGGACGACCUCCAGCUUGCGCGAGCUGCGCCUCAAUUUGCCAGACAUGGACAAAUCGCAGUGUCGCACUCUCCUACAAGCUGUCGCUAACAACGAGACAUUGAAGAAGGUGGUACUCCAAGAAGUGCCGCUGAUCACGAAUAGCAAUGUCCGCGCCGAUCUGAUGGUUCUCUCCAAAACUAUCAAGAAGCUUCGCCUCGGCGACCGCGUUCGCCUCGUGAACCUUUCCGUGACCUUUGGGAACGCGUCCAAGAUAUUGGCAUCUACAAAACCUUCCACCGUGAACUUCGACAACCUUCGCAUCGAGUUCAGCGCCGAACACGACUUGGAACCUUUAAAGGCAUGCUGCGAGGUGCUCGCCCGCCGCGGCACCUUAACGUCGUUCAAUAUCUGCUGCGAUUUGAUGAGUCACAUUGCGUUCGGCGCCUUGUUGGAUUGGUUAGCCAAGUUGUCCACGCUCACCCACUUGGAAAUUGUCGCCGAUGAUCACGCAGGGAUAAUGGAUUUCUGUGGUCGCUGCAUCGACAUGUACGACCAGGUGCUCUCGGCGCUGGCGAGGAACGCCAACAUCGCUAGAGUAAGUUUUGUUGGCGUCAAGGUACAAUCGAAACACCUUGACAAGCUCCGUGACUGUGCUAGUACGCAUCGAAAUCUCAUCGGGAUCAGCCUGGCUCCAAGUUGCAGAGACGUCGACUCGUGCAUCCCACAUCACAGAAAUUUGCGGAACAUGAAGUUCUACGUGCACGCCAUGAUGGAGCUGCAGGAGCUCAUGCUCAAGAACGCCGAUCGAAUCAGUGUGGCGGCCAGGUUCGUGUUGGGCGAGGACAUCCGCAAGGGUGCCAGACUCAUCGAACGCCUGCACGAGCAUCCUCGGUUGCUGGAACUGGUGCGGGAAGGAGCAUCGGUCACCGACGCCGAGGCCCAGGAGAUGGCCCAGCGAGCCAUGGAGAGGGUGCGGGACUGCAGCCUUCGCGACUACAUGAGGCUCACCGGCGUGAUCAAGGAGAAAGUGGAGCGCCAUGACACCGAAUCCAAAGAAGUCCACCUCGUGAACUUGCCGGCAGACUUCUGGCUCAUGGUGCGCCGAUGCCUGAAGAUUACGCACGUUCUUAUCCCGCGCGGAGCCCAUGUCUGCAAGGGGCGCCCCUUGCCCGUGCCCCUCGUGGAAUCUCUGUUUAGUAUGGGACUUGCAUGAGCCCCACCUCCUAUAAACGAUUGUUGCAACGCCACUCGCUGCCCAUACCGACCUAUCUUCUUUCAAUCGGCGCUGCCCUUGUCUAAGUAAGGGAAGCGCACUUGCCUGUACAACAAACAACGUAUGCACCACUAACCGAGAAAUAAAAGCAUUAUUAUGUACAGACAAAAACGUCGUUAUGUUCUUUAUA